CCCGACAGGUACGGGACAGUGGAUUUCAGCGGUUCGGCCAGACGCAAAAACGCAACCCGAGAGACGACGAGCACCCUCAAGACCUGGCUGUACGAGCACCGCAAAAACCCCUACCCCACCAAAGGCGAGAAGAUCAUGCUGGCCAUCAUCACCAAAAUGACCCUGACGCAAGUGUCCACUUGGUUUGCUAACGCCAGACGGAGGCUCAAGAAAGAAAACAAAAUGACCUGGUCUCCCAAGAACAAAGCGGGGGAAGAGAGGAAAGAAGAAACCCCGCGGGAAGAGGAGGAGUACGGUGCGGAGAGCGAAGGCAGAGCAGAGCAAAAGAGCUGUAAGGAGGACAAGGAGCUGCGGUUCAGCGACCUGGACGACCUGGAGGAGGAAGAGGAGGAGGAGGAGGAGGAGGCGGGGAAGCCGGAGAAGGGCCGGGCCAGCUCCCUGCAGGAAGCCCCCAGCCUCACCGCGGCGCUGCCCGAGGCUCCGCGGAGCGACUGCAGCCUGCCCGGCCCCUUCCGCGCUUUUCCCUGCGCCAAGGCCCCCGCCGCGGACUUCCCCGCCCUGCCCGGCCCGCCGCAGCCCUACCAAAAGAGCUGUAAGGAGGACAAGGAGCUGCGGUUCAGCGACCUGGACGACCUGGAGGAGGAAGAGGAGGAGGAGGAGGAGGAGGCGGGGAAGCCGGAGAAGGGCCGGGCCAGCUCCCUGCAGGAAGCCCCCAGCCUCACCGCGGCGCUGCCCGAGGAAGAUAAUUCUGAAAUGGCCCAAAGCCACUCGGGGAGCGAGAAGAUGAAUGAAGGAGUCUCCAUGAAUCAGUGCAGCAUGAAGAAAAGAGCCAAAACAUGA